AAAAGACAUAAAGAUAUAAUAUCUUAGGAGAUUUUCAAACUUUUCAUGGCAUUGGCAUCUCAUAGUCGAACUAAAUUGUGAGGAUAUAUUUGUCAUUGGAGCGGAAUUAUGUCCCUUUAUUGUUUGUAAAAAUGCAGGACUGAGGCCUCUGAUUUGCACACAACUUGUUUGAUAAAAUACCACAACGAGAAAACUUGCUGCCUGUUUAACUAAUUGAAUACAUAUGGAUUCAGCUUAAUGCAAUUGAAUGGUCCUUCUCCAGUUUUCUUCUUAUUGAGUAUUGUUAUAUAUGUUGAGUAUGGCUUUCAUGAAACCUUCUGCACUGCCGUUCAAUACAUGCGAUUUCUUUGGAGCCCAUUCAAAAGCAUUCCACUUCUUCCCCAGUCAAAGUAAAAGUUUCAUUAUUAAGCCAUUAGUGGUGGAAGCAAGGGCAAAUGCUCGAAAGGAAAGUGCAAAAAUCCGAAACAGGAGGAUACAAAAGAAGUUUAAUGGCACACCUACAAAACCUAGGCUUUCAGUAUUCUGCUCGGAUAAGCAGCUAUAUGCUAUGCUGGUAGAUGACCAAAACAAGAAGUGUUUGUUUUAUGGAAGCACUCUGCAGAAAUCUAUUAGAAGCAAUCCAUCCUGGACAACAAUUGAAACCGCUGAAUGUGUUGGUGAAGAGCUUAUCCAAACUUGUAUUGAUCUUAACAUUAAUGAAAUAUCAUCCUAUGAUCGCAAUGGUUGUGCUCGCGGAGCGAGAAUGCAAGCGUUUGAGAUUGCAAUAUCUCAUCAUGGGUUUUUGCCAGAAUAGAUCUGCAUCUAAUUCUUUUUUAACCUUGAGAUUGCAAUAUUUCUUGUGAUGUAGAAACUGGGUUUGGCAGAAUUUGCAAACUGUGGUGCAUUAGUAUCGUCAUCAAAUUCCUGGCUACAAAAGAAGUUCCCUCUGCCUAUAAUCUGCCAAAGUCUACUGGUUUUCUGCAUUAUACUCUGUGUUGUCAAUAAAAUAGCCAGUGCAUGUUGGCUGUAGGUGGUUGCAGGUGUACUAGUAAGUUACUAACAGUUUUAAGUUUUACAUUUCUAUAUCCUUUGGAAUAUGUAUGAUUAGAUGUGGUUAUGGUCCAUAUAAAUUUAUUAUUUGCGUCAGUCAUUAGAAGUUUUGUGCUAAUUUCUUGAGUCUGUAUGUAUAGGACUGCUGGAAUGAAAUUAUGCAGAAUUUUCUUUUUGGUUUCUAACAGGAUAGAUUCCCCUGUGAUCUAUUUUGUCAAGACUCAAAAUUGGUGCUAAAAUGA